AUGGGGUCAUUGGAUCAGCAACAAAGCAUUAAGCAGCCUCAUGUAGUGGUUAUCCCUUACCCAGCCCAAGGUCAUAUGAAUCCAUUAAUGGAGUUUGUCAAAAGACUUGUCUGCAAAAACCUCCAUGUGACCUUUAUCACUACAGAGAAAGCUAGAGAGCGAAUGGUACAAGCUCAGGAUGGAGUCGCUGCUCAUGUAACCACUGAUUUGAAGGAUAUAAGAAUCGAAACAAUUUCAGACGGGCUUUCUCCUGAUGGUGAAGAGAUGGAAGACGUAGAGAUGAUAUUUGAUUUGUUGAGAAAAGUUGGAGGUCUUACAUUUGAACAGGUGAUAGAGAGGCUCAAUUCUCAAGGCAGUACAGUCUCUUGUAUUGUUUAUGACUCUAUUUUGAAUUGGGUUCCUGAUAUUGCAAACAAGUUCAAUAUUCCUUCAGCGUUUUUCUGGACGCAGUCAUGUGCAGUUUAUUCUAUCUAUUAUCAUUUCUACCGAGGAAUGGGGAAAGCGAAAGAUGAGGUAGAGAAUACAGGAGACAUUAUAGCAAUACCAGCGCUUCCACAACUAUGCCAAUCAGACAUUACAUCCUUUCUACAACCGUCAAAUACAUAUGAAGCUCUAUUGCAAAUGGUGCUGAACAAAAUUCAGUACAAUUUCUCAGGCCACAUGGAUACUGGGAAACUCCUUCAAUGA